GGUCAACUUGUGGACUGGAAACAUCUCUCCACAGGAUUCAUCGUUUUGUACAUUUGGAACUGCCAUCCAUCGAAACGCGAUUGUACGAAAGCAGGCAGGAACUGAAUAUAUAUGUCUAGCCAACCCCCUCCGCCGCAACCUCAGUUUAAGCUCAAGCAGCGCAAGAGAGAAACUGUAACAAAGUAUGAACCAGAGGCCUUCCGAGACUCUUUAUUGAAGAUUAUCCCCGAGGAUCCAGCUGAGAUCGAAAAGUACGCUUCUAUUUUGGAACUGAAUGAGUCGAAAGUCGAUUACAAACGCUACGGCGAACCUUUUUUUGAAUUUCUGAUUGUUGGAGGACUCAUAGCACCCGGGGGAAUCGUUGAGGAUGGGCCGCGUAGGAACCCCUUCAGUAUUUUUGCAGCCGAAGAUUCCAAGGAGGCUGUCCGAGCGAGGGUGGACAUAAUCAACAAGCUGACUCGUAGAUACAAGUAUCUGCAGAAGCGACUCGAAGAGUGUAUGUCGCACCUUCUUCAAUAUGUCAAUAAAUUUGGCGAAAACUCCCACAAGCUCUCGAGAGCUGUCGGUAGACUGAUCUCCAUCCAGCUGCUGCCGAUAUCGGUGCUGACGAACCUAAUGAAAGAGCAUUUGGUCAAAGACGGCGCUUCCUUGCAGUUUGUUACUGGUGUAUUCAGGAGUUACCUGGAGGACCAGCCCAUUGACCACCUAAGCACUAUUCUUAAGAAGGCAGGGUUGGAUGACAAAUUGCUCGAGUUUUUUCCUCCAGGCAAACGCCAGGCGGAGUAUGUUGCUCGCCAUUUCGAGGCGGAGGGUUUGAAGCCACUUGUAGACUACUUCAACAAGCGCCAGCAGACGGCCGUGAAGGAGCAAGUGAAAUCAAAGUUGAACGAGAUGUUCUCAUCCGGCACCCCACAGGAGGCCGCAGGCUAUGUUAAGCAGCAAAUCGCGGUCAACAGCUGGGCCGAGACCGAUGUUGUGCCGAUCAUGUGGGAUGCGCUGAUAAGUUCAGUAGAAUGGGCCGGCCGCCCUGAGCAACUCGAAAGUCAGAUCAAGACGACGCUCACGACAUGGGGGAAAGUUCUAGCUGUAUUCUGCACAUCCCCAAAGACAGAAAUUGGUCUCAUGCUCAAGGUCCAGCAAAUGUGCUAUGAAGAUGGACGGUUCCAAAAGCACUACCGGACUAUUAUUCGAUAUCUUUAUGAUGAAGAUGUUGUUUCGGAAAGCGCCAUCAUCUACUGGUUUGAAAAGGGAGCUGGUGCAUCGGGGAAGACAUUGUUUGUAAAGCAGAUGGAACCUUUUGUAAACUGGUUAAAGAGCCAAGACGACGAUGAGAGCGAGGAAGAGGAGGACGAGUGAUUUUGGACAAGGAAAGUGUCAUCUGUAGCGAAAUACAACACUGAGUAGCUUUUAGACGAACUAUUUGUUUUUACUACGUCGCGCAUUUUCAUUCAUGGUCACGUGUACAAUAAGUCACGUGUAUUGCAGGAC